CAACCGACAGGAGGCAAAAAAUCAGCAGCAGCUGAAAACUGGAACGCAAAACGGCGAAAAUAUGCUCAAGUCGGAGGUUCAGCACCAGUUUUGGAUCACCAAGAAGGUGGUGCAGCGCAAGCUGGGGACGAAGGAGGACAAGCACGUGAUAUCCUCGGACGCGGAACUGGAUUCCAAGAUCGAGGUGUUCAAAUCGAUAUCGGACACCAGCUUGAACCUGUGCAAAAUCAUCGACCAGUACCAGGAGCGCCUGUGCAUCUUGUCGCAGGAGGAGUGCGUCUUCGGUCGCUUCCUCAAGGAGGCGGGCAAAAGGAGCAGGACGACGGGCGGCAGUAUCGCCCACACGGGCAAGGCGGUGUCCUUCGCCGGCCAGCAGAGGAUGUGCGUUCGCGUGCCGCUCCUGCGACUGCAGCACGAGGUGGAUGUGUUCCGCUGUCGCGCCGUCAAGGACACGGAGCAGACGCUCCAGACGAUGGAGAAGGAGCGCACGGAAUACCGCGCCGCCCUCUCCUGGAUGAAGUCCGCCAGCCAGGAACUUGAUCCGGAUACAGGAAAGGGUCUGGACAAGUUCCGCACCGCCCAGAGCCAUGUGCGAUUGGCCAAGCAUAACUUUGACGGUUACUCCAUGGAUUCCAUCCAGAAGAUCGAUUUACUGGCCGCUGCCCGCUGCAACAUGUAUUCCCACGCCCUGGUGGCCUACGUAAGCGAGCUGAAGAGCUUCGCCCAGAAGGCGGCCUCCACAUUCCAGACCAUAUCCAAGGCCUUGAUCCUGAAGCCCAAGUACGACUUCUGUGUGCUGAAGGAGCUGUCCCAAAACGAGGGGGCCAGCGAGGAAGUGCCGCCCAUUGAAGCCGUGGACUCGGAUCAGUCGCUGUUCUUUGCUAACGAGUACCAGGACAAGCUGGAGGCGCAGCCACAGGCCACAGAAACCAAGGAGACCGACGAGAACGAACCUGCCACUGCCUGCGGCGACAAUGAAUCCUUGCUGAUUGAGCUCUCCAAGCAGCUGGAGGACAGUCCGCUGAUUGAUGCGCCGCUGGACGAGGAAAUGCCUGCCCAAAACAGUAGCAGCAACAAGUUGUGGUCGCGCCUGUUCAGCCAGAACCAACAGCCCUUAACCAGUCACGUACCCAAGGAUUAUAAAGAUUCCAAAGAUUCCAAGGCCCCGAUGGCCAGUAAAUCCCAGUCCACCAACAAUCCCUGGCUUGAUCUCUUCGCCGACCUGGACCCUUUGGCCAAUCCGCAGGCCUUCGAUCUGAAAAUGAGCGGCGGACGCAGUGUGGCUGAGCAGACAUAAGAUUACCCCUUCUAAUAUCCCGAUCCUCGUCGAUAUACCUGUGUGUGGCAACUAGCU